AUGGUCCAAAAAGCGACUUUACAGCACCGUGGGGGUUGGAGGUUACGACUUCCGGCGGGGGGAGGGCGCCACCGCGCGGCUGGAGCCCGAGGGCCAACCCACUCCAGACCACAGCCGCCCGACGCCCACCCGCCUGUACCCCCAAAUGCAGGAACUUCCGCGUCCGGCCAGGCCCCGAUAUUCCCAUGGAAAUGUCAGAACCCUCAGAGGGCCUGGUGGGACAUCUUCAGAUUGUGGGUCUGGACACUUCUCUGCUAUGACUUCAUGGCUUAUCGUGGAACUGACGGCUGGACUUACCAUCAUUCAGAAAAGCCCAUGAACUGGGUAAAGGCUAGAGCGUUUUGCCAAGAAAGUUACACGGAUUUAGUUGCCAUACAGAACAAGCGGGAAAUCGAGUACCUGGAAAAUACACUUCCUGCUAAGCGUACUUACUACUGGAUUGGAAUCCGGAAGGUAGCAGGGGUUUGGACUUGGGUGGGAACCAACAAGUCUCUCACUAAAGAAGCCGAGAACUGGGGGCAAGGGGAGCCCAACAAUAAGAAGAGCAAAGAGGACUGUGUGGAGAUCUAUAUAAAGAGGUCCACAGACACAGGAAAGUGGAAUGAUGACUCGUGCAACAAGCCGAAGAUAGCCCUCUGCUACACAGCUUCUUGCCAGGCCUCAUCAUGUAGUGGUCAUGGGGAAUGUGUGGAAACCAUCAACAAUUACACCUGUAACUGUGCUGCGGGGUACUAUGGGCCCCAGUGUCAGUAUGUGGUUCAGUGUAAACCUCUGGAGGCCCCAGAACUGGGCACCAUGGCCUGUGCUCACCCCUUGGGAGACUUCAGCUUCAGCUCACACUGUGCCUUCAAUUGCUCGGAGGGAACAGACCUAACUGGGAUGGAGGAAACCACUUGUGGACCAUCUGGGAACUGGUCAGCUCUAGAACCAUCUUGUCAGGUGAUUCAGUGCGAGCCAUUAGCAGCACCUGAUUUGGGGACCAUGGACUGUAGUCACACCUUGGCAGACUUCAGCUUUACCUCUAAGUGCACCUUCAGCUGCUCAGAGGGAACUGAGUUGAAUGGGGAAAAGGAAACUAUUUGUGGAUCAUCUGGAAACUGGUCCAACCCUAGACCAAUCUGUCAAAAAUUGGACAGGAGCUUCUCAAUGAUUAAGGAGGGUGAUUAUAACCCUCUCUUCAUUCCAGUGGCAGUCAUGGUUACAGCCUUCUCUGGACUGGCCUUUAUCAUUUGGCUGGCACGGCGAUUGAAAAAAGGCAAGAAGUCCCAGCAAAGCAUGGAUGAUCCAUAUUAAACUACCAUCUAUGAAAGAAUACUACAGAGGCAUGGGCCCGUCCAAAUCCCUCCUUGAAGAGUUUCACAGGAUGGUGUCUCCUUCACGGAAGAAGUACAUUUCCUUCCAUGCACCUGAAAAAGCUUGCUACGCAGCCAGCAGCUCCUUCUGCUUCCAUUUUGCCCCCGCUACCCCUCCCUCCAGCCCACAGCUGUGGUUUAUGUAGCUCGGUCUUUUAUUUUCUGUCCCAUGGAGAAACAAAUAAAGCCACAAAGGAAAAGAAUUAUUGUGAAAUACAAAGGGGCUCUCUCUCUCUCUCUCUCUCUCUCUCUCUCUCUCUCUCUCUCCUCUUGUCUUCCGUGUCAGUUCAAUGCUGUAUCUUCUGGCGUAUACUUCUGAGUACAAUGGACAUGGGCUACAUAUGGACCUACAGACUUUUGUGGUAGACCAGAAUUUACCCACCCUGUUCAUGGUACAGGGCCCCUUGGUGGAGCAAGCAGUUUGCAACCGACUGCUAACUCAAAAGCUGCUGGUUCAAAUCUACCCCACAACUCCAUGAAGAAAGGCCUGGUGAUCUGGUUCCAUAAAGAUUACAUAAAACCAACCCCGAACAGAAGCAAAACUGCUGUGGGGCUGUUCUGCUCUCCACCGCACGGGGCGGCCACGCACUGCCUCACCAGUACUGCGCUUUGGGCUUUGCUUGUGGUACAUGGGAGUAUGGGAGGCUACAUCCUUACAAUGGAUCUUACCCUUGCGCUCCAAAUUCAGUACAAUAAUGAGGUUCUGUAAAGUUGGACUCUGGGCUAAAAGGGCUGAUUUGCAUGGUAGCCCAUCUUUCUAUAAAUAAAGGAGAUUGAAUUUAA